AUGGGAGUAACCUCUUUCCACUUGGUGUAUGGAGGCGAAGCGGUCGUCCCCGUCGAGAUUGGAGUCGAGUCCGACCGGACACAGAACUAUGAUAAAGACAACAUCGAGCGAAGGCUAUUGGAGCUGGACCUGGUGGAUAAGGCGCGCACUAAAGCAGUCGUUCGGCUGAUGGCUUAUAGGCAAAGAAUGAGGCAGAACUACAAUCGGCGGGUGAUCCCGAGUUCGUUCCAGGUUGGCAACCUCAUAUGGAAGAAGGUGAAGCUAGUCGGCGACGUCACCAAGUUGGAAGCCCUAUGGGUCGGGCCCUUCAAGGUCGUGGAGAAGCUCUGCUCGAAAGCAUAUUACCUGGAGGAUGAGGACGGAAGGUGA